CGCAGCCGCCUGUCGAAGGAGCUCGUUUGCUGUAUCGAUAAUCGAGAUUGGUGUUUGAUCACAAGAAGUGUCGUGUGUGUGUGUGCAUUGAUAUCAGUGGUGUGCCAUGAAUAUUCGUUGUAUUUGUGUAUUCCCUUUCGUUCGAUCCCGUGGUGUUGCUGUGUUCUAUGGUCGUGUGGUGAUUAGCAGCCACCGUGUUGAAAACACUGAGGCUGUGUUAUUAUCGUGUGGUUCCAUUGAACGACAGCAACUGUCCUCAUUCAAUGUGAAUAAUAAAAAUAAAUCAGCUAAUAUUGUCACGUCAACCCUCACUUAAAUUGUAAAAGCUACACACCUUGGACCAUCGUAAAAUGUCCAAUCAAAUAUGCCUAAAGUGGAACAGCUUCUUGAACAACAUUGCUACCAGCUUCGAGAGCCUCUGGGAAGAAGAAGGUCUUGUCGAUGUGACCCUGGCAAGCGAUGGGCAGUGCUUAACAGCCCACAAAGUUAUACUAUCUGCCAGCAGUCCCUUCUUCAAGAAGGUUUUCCAGACCAAUCCAUGUCAGCAUCCGGUGAUCAUACUACAAGAUGUUCAUUUCAGGGAGCUAGAAGCGCUCCUUAUAUUUAUCUACAAAGGAGAGGUGAACAUAGAACAGCAAAAUUUACCGGCAUUACUUAAAGCUGCAGAGACGCUAAAGAUCAGGGGUCUAUCAGGGGGUGAUAUGUUUGCCAAAGAGUCUUAUAAAAGAUUCGUAGAUCUUGAAAACCCUGAUAUAAGUGAUAUCGUACCAGUUCAAGAGGAGGUGCCCAAAAAGAAACAGAAGGUUGGAAAAAAACAGAAUAAUUCAAUUCUUGAAAAGGCACUGACCCCGCAGUUACCACUGACAGAGAAUUCAGAUGAAACAUCUACCACCACCGUUGAACAAAAUCUUAAAGAACCAGAUCCUGUACCAGAUCCUGUUCUACUGAGAUUAGAAAUGAAAACAGAGCCUGUUGAGAUGCACAUGGAAGACUUUCAGAAACAUUCGCUUGUCAGGAAAGAUGUGCUAGAGCGAUUAGACAUAGGGCAACGUGAUGAUCAGAUGCAAGGGUCUGGGAACAGCCCUGCUGAAGACAUAUCUGGUUUAUCUGGACUAUCUGGGAUUUCUGGUAUAUCGGACGACAAGCCCGUGGCUCUUUACGCCUAUCAACAGCUUCCCUAUGCAGAUCUCUUACCCAGUCCAGACAUCAUUGGUACUUGGGCAACGUCACGUCCCAUGGAUCACCUGGCUUGUGAUCUGAUGAAAAUAUUAUUCACACCGGAAGAAAGAAUACUUUGCAAUGUUAAUGGGAAAAUGGGAAAGCAACAAUUUGACAGUAACAAAAUACACCUAAUAAGAGAAGUAUUGCUUCACUUCAGCGGGAUCGCCUCUGAUAGUUUGGAAUGGGAGGAGGCAUGGAAAAAUUGUGUAACCAAAAUUGAUACAAGUAACAGAGGUUUGAAAAGGUACUUAUUUCAAAGACGAUCGAUUUACACGCAAUGACUAGGGCGUUCAAAGUCAGUGACAAAACGGAAACGUUUUCACUGGCUAGAGUAAAGUAAAGCUUAUUCAUUUGUUAGUAUCUAAUGUUAACGAAUUAUUAUUUACUUUAAUUUAUCGUUGUUGUCGAAUUUCGAACUUGAAUUCUUCACGUAUUUUCGCUAUCAACACCUACGCUUAUUUAGUUAAAAUUACGGUUUAUUGAACUUCUAUAAACGCAGUGAUCACCCAUGUAGACAAAUCAAGAAACUCGCGACUGUACUUAAAAUUCUUAUUCAUUUUUAGACGUACCUUCUUUUUUCUAAUAUAAUUCUUCUUCCAAUGUACUAUUUCAUUUUAUCUUGUUAUUGAAGAAUAAGGGUAAACUGAACCAAACCACAUAAAUAUUUCUAUAAUACAGUACCAUGUGCCUUCAGGCAUAAAUAAUCGCAUCAACAUAAGGGUCAUAAAAGUUUUUGCCACAUCGCCAAUCUUCAAUAAAAUUUUAGGAAUAUCAAAAGUAAAUAUCAACCGCCAGCCAUCGUUGCUUAAAUUAUAUUAAUAACACCUAACAGGAGCAUAUUAUAUUAUCAGAUCAAUAUUAUACAAGGUGUAAUUUGACCGACCUUUACAUCUAUCUUGGAGGGAAAAAAACACCUUGUGUGUGUUAUUUAAUUGAAAAUAUUUUUUAUCAAUGUCGGUAUAAGAUAUACAGAUCCUGUGCCUAUUAGUAAGCGCUUGAAACUAUCGUUAUUUUAAUUUGCAGGAAAAAAAUAUUAAGUUCGCGCCGGCUCGUGAAACAUUUUUUAUACUUAUAGUGAUUUUAAGUAAUGUAAACACAUUCCUAUAGAAUCAUAGAAAAAGAACUGUUUUUGGACACUUAGAACGAACUGUAUUUGGCCAACCAUAAGGAGACAAAAAUAAGGGACAAGAUUACGUUCGAAAUUUCCUGUCGUGUUCUAGGGUAAUAGACCAUCAACACUUCACUUGUUACAUUUCUUCUCAUGGCUGGUUAAUUAUUAUAGGUAUAUAUUUAAUAUUAUGAGAACUCACAGAUUAUUUAGUGUAACGUACUAAUAUAGAAUAGCAAACUGUAGAAAAUGUUUAAGUAUCAAAUCAAUUUAUUCAAAUUCCUAUUAAUAAGAAUAGGUAUCGGAAUAAACAAAAAUAACUCUCUGUUUGCCCAUAGUAAUUGGCCGAUAAAGUCAACUAGCAAUAUAUCCUGUGAAAUUAUUAUUAUUGGUAUGUUAACUAUUAAUUAAUUAAUUAAUUAAUUAUUGCUUAAUUGUUUAUUACUAUUAUUCUCAUUAUUGUCUUUCAAAUUAAACGCACGUACUGAUAUUACGCUUUAGUACUGUGCGGGGACUGAAAAGGAUUGUUAGGAGUGAAAAUUCAUUUGCAAUGAAUACUUUAAAUGAACUCACGUUUUCAAAGCUGAGUAGAAGAAAAACUGAAGAAUUAUCAUUUUGACAAACAAAACUACAUAACAAUUAGAUGAUGAAAAACAAAAAUUAUUACGAUAUUGAAUCACGAGUAGUCUUCAUCAGAAUUCUCGUGGAUUGAUUGAAUGGUCUUCUACAUCUGUUUCAUCUUUAUCGUUGAAUUAUUAUUGCUAUAUUUUGUGUGUUUGUAUUGUUGUUUUUAUUAUUUUAGAUGCUCGAUCCAAUCGGCGGCGUACCAAUGAUUAUGAUUUAUUGGUAAUAAACUAUAUAUGUAUAUGUAUAAUGUAUGUAUGUACACUUAUAACUUUGGCGCAAAAUAAAUGUGUUUUACAUUUCUAAUUUAA